GAGAGGAGGAGAAAGAGGGGGUUGGCUUUAGUGUGAUGUGAAUGGAAUAGAAUCAGCGCGAGAGAGGGAGAAAGACGGAGGGAGGGCAGCGCAAAUCAACCUGCCUCUUUGACUUUAACAACAGAAUAUAGAGGAGCCGGUAGACACAGAGAUCGGGAAGUGUGUGUGUGUGUGUGUUUUUAUUUUUGGAGAGAGGAAGAGAACGGCAGACAGGAGGAACUGAAGGAGGAGCAGAGAGAGCCUCACCGUGGAGAUAGAUAGCAGAAAAAUGCUGUCAUGGGGAGAGAAGGGGAGGGAGUCGGCAGAGAGGAACAGGAUGAAACAAGGCAGGGUCGAGCUGAGCUGAAAUGUGGAGGUGGCCAGUGGACCAGACCAAAAGGGAAGCAGCCGGCACUGAAGAGUGCAGACGAAUGGAUGUCAUGUUAGGAGGGUUGAUAGAGACAGAGUCUCUCCUACACAGAGGACUCGGGCUCCAGUGAUGAUCCUCUCAUCCUUACUCCGCCGGAAUGAGCACCCCGCAACUGGAGCACCACCGAAACACACAUCUGCACACCUGGACGGACCCCUGCGACGAGACACAGCUGCGUAUUCUCCUCAGUCUUCUUCAUUUACACUUAAGAACUUGUGAUAACAGAGUGGGGCAGCACACAGAGACGUCUACGAGAGCCCAAGGGUUGAGGAAGUUCAACCAUCUUAAGUGGUGUGAAUGAGGACUAAAUUUGUUGCUUUCGCUCAGAGGGGUUUUUCGUCUUCGAGCGCGGUGCUCCUGUUCCACGCCAGCACCGUAGAGACCAGGACAGAGGUUUUACUGGGAGAGCAGGAAGCUCUGGACCACAGUGGAGAAAAGAUUGUUGGACCGGAGUCGGCUUCUCGGGCACCAUGCAGUCAGAUGACCUCUUCAUCCGCAAGUUUCGCCGUCAGAACAUGCGGCCGCCUAUCGCCACCGUCAACUUUGACCCCAAACGGGAAGCGGGUGUAGUGGAGUGGCCGCCGAGGAGGGAGGCCGAUGGAGCCGAGGAAGACAGCCUCACUCCGAGCCGCGUGGGGCUGACCCUGAGGUCGGUGGGCCGGGGCCACAUCAUGCAGAGGAGUAACAGCGAUGUAACCUUAGGAGACUUGGACUCCUCCGGGAAGGCGGGGGGGAAAGCGGCCCGGGCGGCCGGCGAGAAGGUGGGUGCGGGGGCUCAGGGAGACGGGGGCGUGCUGCUACACAGGGAAUACGGCAGCCUGUCCUCACUGGAGAGACAGACUCAAGCCCUGGAGCUGAGCAGAGAAGACCAGGGGCCCCUGAGUCCAAACGCCCUCCGCUUCAGAGACCCUUUCCUGCUUUUAGGCCUGCAGGGCAACCCUCCGGAGCCUGACGGGUUCUUUCGGGGUCUGUCUGUUCCCGUAGGGGACUCCCCAAAACCUGCCAAGCCGCCGAAGCCUGAAGGUCUAAGUAAGAAGACCAAACCCCCUCAGAUCCCUCAACCAGGUCCGUGUGACAACCUCGGGGGCGGCGCCUGGGUGAGGAACUUUGCCCACUACGACGUUCAGAGCAUCCUGUUUGACCUCACCGAAGCGGCCACGAACAGAGACAGCAUCGGACGGAAAAAGAACAUCACCUCAGGGGCGUCGGCCGCCUCCCAGCUGCGCCCCCUCUCCCAAGCCACCCCGUCCUCACCCGCACAGGGCGGUGGAGGCAACGGGGUCCUCGCAGAUGACCCCGAGCAGUCGCUGCUGGACGAAGGCGACGGCAACGACAACGAGCUCCUGCUCAGCUGCCCCCACUUCCGCAAUGAGACGGGGGGAGACGAGCAGGUGGGUCUGAGUCGAUCCCAGUGGAGGCGGGGACUCUGGUCGAGCUUGCGGACCCCCAACGAUGCGGUGUCGGUCCUGGAGGAACCCAGAGAGAGUCACGUCCAGCAGCAGGGCAAGAGCAACUACUUUAUAGAGCACGCAGACCUGGGAGCCCAUUACUAUCGCAAAUAUUUCUACAUGAAAGAACACCAGAACUUCUUCGGCAUGGACGAUCGCCUCGGUCCGGUGGCCAUCAGUUUCCGUCGAGACGAGAAAGACGGAUCCAGCGGAGCUCAGUACAAUUACAGAAUCAUCUUUCGCACCACAGAGAUGAAGACACUGCGAGGUUCCAUCCUGGAGGAGUCCGUGCCUUCCGCCGCCCGUCACACGACCCCCAGGGGCUUGUCUCCCAAGAGGCUGCUGGAGUUCAUCAUGCCUGAGCUGAACCUGCACUGCCUUCGCUUGGCCUCAAACUCCCCCAAGGUCCGGGACACCCUGCUGAAGCUGGACGAACAGGGGCUGAAUUUCCAGCGAAAGGUUGGGGUGAUGUACUGCCGGGCCGGGCAGAGCUCGGAGGAAGACAUGUACAACAACGAGAGCUCGGGCCCGGCGUUCGAGGAGUUCCUGGAUCUGCUCGGGGAGCGCGUGCGGCUGAAGGGCUGGGAGAAAUACCGAGCUCAGCUGGACAUCAAGACGGACUCAACCGGGACACACUCCCUCUACACGCGCUACCAGGACUAUGAGAUUAUGUUUCAUGUGUCCACGAUGCUGCCCUACACGGCCAACAACACACAACAGUUGCUGAGGAAGCGACACAUCGGUAACGACAUCGUGACGAUCGUGUUCCAGGAGCCCGGCGCUCUGCCCUUCACUCCAAAGUCCAUCCGCUCCCAUUUCCAACAUGUCUUCAUCAUCAUUCAGGUUCAUGAGCCCUGCACGGAAAACACCUACUACAGGGUGGCUGUGACACGCUCUAAAGACAUGCCUCUAUUUGGCCCGCUGUUCCCCAAGGGCGCCCGAUUCCCUCGCUCGCUUGCCUUCAGAGACUUCCUCCUGGCGAAGGCAGUGAAUGCUGAAAACGCAGCGGAGAAGUCGGAGAAGUUCCGCUCCAUGGCCACCCGCACGCGGCAGGAAUACCUGAAGGACCUGGCCGAAAACUAUGUGACCACCACGCCCAUUGACUCGUCCACCAAGUUCCCCCUGCUCUCUCUGGGAGGCAAGCGCAAAGACAAGCUGAAGGGCGCCAAGGGGGCCGAGCUGCACAGUGCCGGGGCGCUGGUGUGGGCCGUGAUGGUCAACUGCGGAGAUGAUGGGGAGGCGGGAGAGCUCAGGCUCCCCUGUCUGCUCGGGGUGUCGGCGGAGUCGGUGGUGCUCAUUGAGAGGUGCACACGCAGGGUUGUGUUUAACUGCUCCUGUCGAGAUGUCAUCGGCUGGAAGGCGGUGACGGAGACUAAGGAGGGGGGGCCCUGCUUGGAUAUCUUCUACGAGCGCGGGGAGUCGGUGUCAAUCAGUGUGAUGGAGACCCAGGCGGAGGAUAUACGAGAGGUGGUGCAGAGGCUAGAGCUGGUGACGCGGGGCUGCGAGGCUCUAGAGGUCACCCCCCUGCGCGACGGAGUCGGGCAGCCCGGCUUCCUGAUGAACGAGGAGGGCUUCGUGACGGAGCUGCAGCGGUUCUGCUACGCCGAGAGCGGAGGCCUGCAGCUGUGGGCUCGCGUGGUGCGGCUGUGCGGACACUCGCUGGUUCACCUGAGCCCCGACGAGAGGACCAGGCUGCUGCGCACCGCGCACAAGAUCCACAUCACUGUCAUCCCGCCGGACGAGAACGGCAAGCCUCGCAGAAGUUUCUCUGAGCUGUACCAGAAAGCCAUCAAUGACGCGGAGUGUAAACCUGGCGAGGAUCAGUCUGGAGAGGCCUGGGUGCUGGACGAGAGGGAAGAAGAGGAAGAGGAGGAGGAGGAGGAGGUGGUGGAGGUGGAGGUGGAGGAGGAGGAGGACAAGCUGAAGGCGAGUGGGGUCAACGAAGCAGACGUGACGGAGGUACAGGUGGAGGCCGAAGAGGGCGGAGGGCAGUCGUGUGAUAUAGGUCAAAGUGAGAGAAGUCUUGGCCUGCUCCUCACGCCACCCAGCUUACCGUUGAUACGAGCCACUUCUCUUCAGGACCAUCCGGCCAGUCAGAGCCAGGAGGGCAGCGGCUCGCAGCUCACACGCAGCUGCUCUUUGGAGAGGCAGCUGUCCUACAGGGAUACGUGUGAUGGGCACGUGUACGACAACGUGGUGCUGAAGGGUGAACGCCACAUCUACGAGAACAUCGGCAAGCUGAGAGACGCCACACCUGAUCUGAUCCUGGCUGUCAAACCCAAGGUUCCCCUGGAGGACGAACAGUUCACGGCCGCUGAGUUUGGUGAUGACAGCGCUUCGGUGAGUGACUCGUCUUCCCGGUUGUCAUGUUUAGACCGAGCUGAAAGAAAUUCACGAGCCCUAAGUCUUCAUAACUCCAUCACCAAGAUUCUCUCAGAGACGACAGAUUCGACUGAGGAGGAGUGGCAGUCCAUCGCUGACCUGGCCACAGCCUGCCGCAGCAUCCUGGAGGCUUUAUCACGAGAGGACCGUAAAGCCGCAGACCCCUCCCAAGCAGGAGCAGACCAGACAGACGGAAAGCUGAGAGACUCAAAGGAGAGUGACUCUCCAGGCCACCUAGAAGAGAAGGUGUCACAGCUGGAGUCCAUGCUGAAGAGACUGCAGGAUGACCUGCAAAAGGAGAAGGAGGACAAGGCGGUGCUGCAGGCCGAGGUGCAGAGCCUCCGGCAGAACAACCAGCGGCUGCAGGAGGAGUCGCAGAGCACGGUGGCUCGCCUCAUCAAAGUCACCGAGCUGCUGUGCAACGUCAACAAGCCCUGUUAGCUUCGCCACCGCCGCCUCGCGCACAAACACACACACACAAAUCAGCAGAGAGAUGCAAAUCGUACAACGUGCUUGUACGCUCUGUAUACUUAUUUUGUCCGUACAUAUUUUACAAAGGCAGACACACACGCAUCCUCUUCAAUCUGUGUGUGUCACCACAGACUCAAUCCUGAAUCCUGGACCUGCCUGUUGGUGAGGCAGUAUGCAAAUCAACCCAUGAAAAAGAAAGACAUUCCCAACAUCCCAUGACCUUCACAGACUGACCAGUGUGCAGCUCUCAGGCUGCCAGAGUGCUUGUCUUUGUGUGUAUGAUACAGUAUGUGCGUGGAUGUCUGCGUGCGUGUAUGUGUGUGCAUCUCUUACUGUACCUUGCUUCAAAUACUUGACAAGCUGGGCUGAAUAGCACUUGCAUAGAAAAAAAGUGGCAAUUAAGACUGAGAGACACUGUAUAGCAUGUUUGGUGGUGUCUUAUCUGAAAUGACCAAAAGUGUAUAUAUAUAUCACCAAUAGUAUAUGUGAACAGUAGUAUUGCUCUCCUCUCUGCCAGACGUAGAGUGCGUCUCUGCCCCGGCGCUGGUAGCGUGGAAGGCCUUGAAACAACAAGAAAAAAAAAACCAUGACAAUGACGAGCCUGUAGGCUGCCUUCUACUUCAAAAGAUGUAAUGAUGCUAACUGACUGGCCUCCGAGCGAGGCCUGUUACGUAAGGACAUCAUUCUCUGCCCUCUUCACUUCUCAGUAGUACUGUAUUUAAGAAACUGGAGGUUUUUUUUAGUGAGAGACGAUUUUAAAAAACCCCAUACAUAAAAAGGAAGUAAAAAAAAAGAACAGAGCAUGCUUGUUCCUCCUGGAAGUAUGAAAUCAGUAUUAAAGGGAUACUGCAAAGGGUUAUACCUCUCCUGAAGACGCAGACAAUGGCAGGAAAAGAACUGCUUCAGCUUCCUUCCAUGAUUGCCUGUAGCCGUUUUCUUCUAACCUCACUAUUGUAGCAGCCGUACUGUAGAAGAUCUCCUCCUGCUGGCCUCGACCACAAAAUGCCAAAAGGCAGCUUUUUUUUUUCUUUCAGCUGGCUAAAUAGCUUUAGGUGUCAGAAUAAAACACCUUGAACUAAUAGUGAAAUACAGAAUAUUGUAUUUAAAUAUGUUUUGUGUUUUUGGCGGAUGUCUACAGUGACUAUUUUGGGGUAAAUGUUUAUAGUAUGGCUUAUGAGUGGUGUAGCGGUAAGGACAAUAGGUGAAGUCUUACCAUUCCACCCUGAUGUGUGUUACUGUGUGUUUCUGUGUGCACUUUUUUUGUUGUAAAAUCAGCACUGGACAGGGCACAUACUGUACUUUAUUUAGCCCCUUGCUCAACGUUAAGAAGGUGGAUAAGCUCUCAUCCCCCCUCCUAUGACACCACCUUUACCUCACCUUUUUGUGUCCACUGCUGAUGGCGCCAAUAACAAACAGAGGAGUCGGACUGCUUCUUCUCCUCAGUGCCAACGAAAAAAAGCCCAGGCAGCUUCUCCUUGAAUCCCACCGAAAUCAAACAGAACUGAUAAACUCUGACUUAAAAAGGGAUGCCAAACGUUCGCCAGUCACUCAGACUCUCUUGUUUUAUUGUACAAACUUCCUCUUGUAACUUUAUUUUAGAGUCACUGUGAAUACCUGGUACCAGCAUAUUAAGAUACAGUAUAUACAGAUUAAAUUAUGAAUCUAAACUCUAUCAGUAUGUGAAGAUACUGUAUGUACAGCCGAACCGUUCCAUGUUACUUAGUGCAUUGGGGUUGUGUACGCCCUCCUUUUUGCAGGAUGAUUAUGCAGAGUGUUGAUCGUGGCCGUGCAGGCGUUCCUGUUUUCAUCUCCCGUACAUGCUGAAAGCCUCAUUACUGAACAGGGAGACGGAGACGGUGGUGUGAGAAGACCUGUUUUACUGUGUCUUGUAUAGUUAUUUAGAUUGUAGGAGGUUGGUCAAGCAUGAGAAUGUGCCAAGCAACUUCCAAGCUCCCCUCUGUAUGUGUGUAUGUAUAAAAAUGUAACUUAUUAAUCAUGCAAAUGUGGAUUUUCUUGUAGCUGUUUAAACUGGAUGGAAGUCUCGAGGGAAUAAUGUGAAAUAGGGCAGAAAGGAAAGGUGGGCUUGGUUAUACAUUUUUAGUUUCUUUUGUAGAAAACCAACAACCACUAUAUGACAAACUACUAUCUUGACUAUGGUUCUUAUUAUCAUUCUGAGCUACUCCAGCUCUUACAUAUUUAAUAAGGUCUUAAAACACCAUUAGGUACGCCUUAAUGAGUGAAACUCUUCUUUCAGAAUGGAUGGUCAAACUGGUGUUUUAUGUGAAGGCUUAUUUCUCUGACUUUGUGCCUACCAGAAAAUGUAAUGUAUGCUAACCCAGCUUAGUGACCUCAUUUCUUUGUCUUUGGUUGCACUUACUGAGGUUUGUUUUUUGGCAGAUGAAGGAUUUUCUAAGAGACCGUCCCAACAUCUGGUCUUUCAUCCGCUAUGCGAGGAAAAGUCACUGAGUAACACAUGAUCCGAAAGAGCAGAUGAUGAUUAAUAAUAAUAAUAAUAAUAGAUGUGUGUUGUUGGUCUGAAGAAUCACUGAAGCUCGAUGAGUACACCACCGAUUGUUCAAAGAAGCAAAGCAGACAAAUAUAUGGUUUUUAAAAAGCGAAUUAAAAGGAAAAAGGUGCUGAAAAUGACUGAUGAUGCAUUGAAAUCAAGUUGAAAUGAAUGUGUUGAAUGGCGUAUGCUUCCUCUAAGGGAUGAUUAUUUUGGUAUUUAAAUAUUUAAAAAAUAAAUUGUCUCAGAAAAUC